ACACCGGAGAGUAUAUGGCCAAGAUGCUGAUGACACGAUCUAACAUCGAUCCGCGGCGUACCUUAAUGAUCGGAGACCGGUGCAACACCGACAUACUCUUCGGCACUCAUUGCGGCUUCAUGACUCUCUUAGUUCUGACGGGAGUGAGCGCUUUGUCAGACGUCGAAAAGUGGAAGAAGUCCGAGCAACAGGAAGAGCGGGAUCUCGUGCCAGAUUAUUACAUAGACGCGCUUGGCGAUUUAUUACCAUACUUGAAAGAAUUGGAAACUGAAAUGUCAUGAAUUCGUAAGAUUUAAUCUGCAAGGAAGGAUAAUAUAUGUACCGUAACAUUUUAACAAAGUGAUUUUGACAAUGAGGUAAUUUCUUAAAGUACCCUGCAAAUAUACACAUAUGAAAUGUCUCUUACGUACUUGUACAUAAAUCUCUGUAUGUGUUUAAAUAGAAUUAUCUAAAAGAAUUUUUAAAAUAAAUUUAACUAUUUAUACAUAUAAAUUAUGUAUGUAUAUAAAUCAAUGUAUGGUCUUCUGUAUAUAAAUAUUAAGAAGUAUUAAACCAAAAGAUAUCUUACAGUCU